AUGGCGGAGGAUUGCAACAAAACUCCAGCCACCGGUGGCGACCCCGAGAAGGGUGUAAGCAAGCAGGCGAGCCCGGCCGUGCAGCAGAAGAAUGCCGGCAGCAAGGGUGCGUCACCAAAUAAGGCUGCCGGGAAAGGUGAACCCACCGAUGAUCAGCCGUUCGUGGCGAAAGGAGAUAAAAUCGAUACUAAUCUGUACCUUUACUCGGAUGACAUUCAAGAACGUCCGCAUGUCACCACGCUCAUUUCGUCCCUGGCAAACUACUCGAAUACGAUCCCGGCAGCGACGGAUCCCGAUGCCAAACCAGCACCUGCCUCCGCCCGCAUGGGCACACUCAUCGGUGUCUAUCUACCGUGCAUACAGAACAUUUUCGGUGUCAUUUUAUUCAUCCGUUUAACCUGGGUUGUUGGUACGGCUGGAGCCAUAUUCGGGUUUUUAAUCGUAUUAUGCUGUUGCUGUGUGACCAUGUUGACUGCCAUUUCCAUGUCGGCCAUUGCCACGAACGGGGUAGUACCGGCGGGCGGCAGCUAUUUCAUGAUAUCGAGAUCGCUGGGGCCCGAAUUUGGUGGCGCUGUUGGGAUGUUGUUCUACACAGGAACAACUUUAGCAGCCGCUAUGUACAUAGUUGGUGCGGUGGAGAUCGUUUUGACCUACAUGGCACCCUGGCUAUCAAUAUUCGGCGACUUCACCAAGGACGCUUCGGCUAUGUACAACAACUUCCGCGUCUACGGUACCGGUUUGCUGUGCGUGAUGGGUCUGAUCGUGUACGUUGGAGUGAAGUUCGUGAACAAAUUUGCCACCGUCGCCCUGGCCUGUGUCAUCUUCUCGAUCAUUGCGGUCUACGCCGGCAUUUUCGAUAACAUCGAAGGAAACGAUAAGCUAUUUUUGUGCGUGCUGGGAAAACGAUUGCUAAAGGAUGUGGCCGUUGCCAACUGCUCCAAGGAUGAGGGUGGUGUGCUGUGGAACUACUUCUGCGCCUCCGGGGAGUGUGAUCCGUACUUCAAAGAGCAAAACGUAACGCUGGUUCGCGGUAUCAAGGGAUUGAAGAGUGGUGUCUUCUUCGACAACCUGCUACCAUCGUUCCUGCAGGAGGGACAGUACAUUUCCUACGGAAUGGAUCCGGAGCACAUCGAACCAUUGGACCGUCCGAGCUACAACCAGGUGUACGCUGACCUUACAACUGCCUUUACGAUUUUGAUCGGUAUCUUCUUCCCAUCGGUAACAGGUAUUAUGGCUGGCUCGAACCGUUCCGGCGACUUGGCGGACGCACAAAAAAGUAUUCCCAUCGGUACGAUCGGCGCCAUCCUAACGACAUCGACCGUGUAUCUGUCGUGCGUGUUGCUGUUUGCCGGAACCGUGGACAAUCUACUGCUGCGUGACAAGUUCGGACAGUCCAUUGGUGGUAAGCUGGUGGUGGCGAACAUGGCCUGGCCGAAUCAGUGGGUUAUUCUGAUCGGAUCCUUCCUGUCAACGCUCGGAGCUGGUUUGCAGAGUUUGACCGGUGCACCGCGUUUGCUGCAGGCUAUCGCGAAGGAUGGAAUCAUCCCGUUCCUGGAACCCUUUGCCGUCUCGUCCAAGCGAGGUGAACCGACGCGCGCUCUCAUUCUCACGCUGCUGAUCUGCCAGUGCGGUAUUCUGCUCGGUAAUGUCGAUCUGCUCGCACCGCUACUAUCCAUGUUCUUCCUGAUGUGUUACGGCUUUGUCAACUUGGCCUGCGCCCUGCAGACUCUGCUCCGUACACCGAACUGGCGCCCACGCUUCAAGUACUACCACUGGUGUCUAUCGCUGAUUGGCUUGACGCUUUGUAUUUCGAUCAUGUUCAUGACAUCGUGGUACUUUGCACUGAUUGCGAUGGGAAUGGCCGUCCUGAUUUACAAGUACAUCGAGUACCGCGGAGCCGAAAAGGAAUGGGGUGAUGGUAUUCGCGGUAUUGCCCUGUCUGCCGCCCGAUACUCGCUGCUCCGCCUCGAGGAAGGACCACCGCACACGAAGAACUGGCGUCCGCAGAUACUGAUGCUGGCCAAGAUGAACGAUGAUUUCACACCGAAGUACCGCAAACUGUUCUCGUUCGUGUCGCAACUGAAGGCAGGCAAGGGUUUGGCCGUAGUGGUAUCGCUCAUUCCGGGUGACUUUACUAAACGUGCCGGUGAAGCGGCCGCUGCCAAGCAAGCGCUACGCAAAGUUAUGGACGAUGAGAAGGUGAAGGGUUUCUGCGAUGUGCUGGUUGCAUCCAACAUUGCCGAUGGACUAUCACACGCGGUGCAAACCAUCGGGCUCGGUGGCAUGAAGCCGAACACGGUCAUCAUCGGUUGGCCGUACGGUUGGCGUCAAAGUGAGCACGAUCGCACCUGGCACGUGUUUCUACAAACGGUGCGCCACGUUAGUGCCGCACGAAUGGCGCUGCUCGUCCCGAAGGGCAUCAACUUCUUCCCGGCCAUUGGUGAUAAGAUUGCUGGAAACAUUGAUAUCUGGUGGAUUGUGCACGACGGUGGUCUGCUGAUGCUGUUACCGUUCCUGCUGAAACAACAUCGCUCGUGGAAGAACUGCAAGAUGCGUAUCUUCACCGUCGCUCAGAUGGAAGACAACUCCAUUCAGAUAAAGAAGGAUCUGAAGAUGUUCCUGUACCAUCUACGUAUCGAGGCGGAGGUAGAAGUCGUGGAAAUGAUGGAUAGUGAUAUCUCGGCAUACACGUACGAGCGGACGCUUAUGAUGGAGCAGCGCAACCAGAUGCUGAGAAAACUCCGAUUGAACAAGCGUGAAAAGGAGAACGUGGUGGAUAACAUGGUGGAGUUCUCUCAGGCCACUGCUAACGGAGAGGAUCGAACACCGCUGGUGCAAGCCAUCGUUGACCAUCAUCAUCACAAUGAUAACAAUACCAAGACCGCGUCCAAGGUUCGAUUCGCUGAUCCGUCGGAAAACAAAGAAUCUGGAAACGAGGAAGCCGACCGAGAGGAAAAGAAUGAGACUGAAUCCGAGAAGGACAGGGACACCAAGGAAGCCACCGAGAACGACAAGGAUGCGGCAGGUGCCGAUAAACUUGCCAACAAUGUGUCCGUCUCGCCCGUCAAGGACAAGAAGGGCGGUGGUGAUGCAACGAAGGUGGCCGAAGAUGUGAAGUCUGCCUUCAAGCCGGAUGAGGGCAACGUCAGACGAAUGCACACGGCUGUGAAGCUGAACGAGGUUAUAGUGAACAAAUCACACGAUGCUCAACUGGUCAUACUCAAUCUACCCGGCCCACCGAAGGAAACGUACAUGGAGCGGGAGAGCAACUAUAUGGAGUUUUUGGAGGUCCUUACAGAAGGUCUCGAGCGAGUGCUGAUGGUGCGAGGUGGUGGUCGGGAAGUCAUAACGAUCUACUCUUAAGUUGAAGUCACCUACAGAAGAAAUCCCACAUCGAUCGCCAGGACAAAGCUGUUUUUCGUCAUAGUCAAAGCGUCGAUGACGAUGACCGACGAGCGGCGCUUGCGAAACCGAUAUUACGUACUCAUCCUUUCACCGUGCGCGUAUCACCAUCACGUCCUCUAGCUUUAAGGAUGCAAACGUUUUUCUUCCCGCUACAAACACAAGUACGGUAGCAGCUCUCGAACUAAAAAAACGCAUGCAAGCAAAGCUCGUUCAAACCGCAAAAGCCCACUACGCUCGGAAACACGGGGGCCAGCCAGUUUGAAGCUAGCUUUUCGAAUAGAAACCGUAGUAUUAAAACCAAAAAACAAACGUUCUAAGUGUCGUACGUUCGGUUGCGAAGUAUUGAAACGAUAUCUUUAGUACCAGGUUAAGAGAAAUCUGUUAAACUGUCCCGUAAAUGUUUACUCCAAGCAGAAUUCGCUUAUACCCAUGCCAUCGGGCGACGAUUCCGUCAUUUAUUUUUACGUAGGAAAGGAAGUGAACCAUCGGCAUACAAAAACCACCGAAACCCCGUUUACGAAAACCGAAUACAACCCGGUUGAUUGUUUGUUGUUCUCCUCGCAUUCAGUUAUGUCCGUUUUUCGCCUUCAUUCCCCGAGCGUUUUUGGACGUCUACCUUAGUUAAACUCGUUAACGAAACAUUUGUGGGUGCAUCUCGAAACGAGUGCCUCGGUGUAAUGUGCUGUGCCCAGUACAAAGUACAAACCCCCGCGUUAAAAUGCGACUGCACUUGCGACGCCGACUGUCAUAAAUGACACACAUGACAACCGUAAAGCAUCUCGCGUCUUGGAAAGCAUACAGCAAUAGCAAAAGUCCUCCAUUCAUUUUCACACCACCCAUAAACCCACCCCUGUCUAUGGAUCCCAUAUCGAGCGGGAUAGGUUUAACCGAGGAUUCGAUGUGAUAGGUUUAACGCGUUUAACUGUUUUAGCAAUCAAAAGGUGAAACAAAACAUUUCCCAACGACGGAAUAGCUCUCGCUCGCACCUUGGAUGUCCGAUGCGAGGCAUCUUGAGAAGAAGAAGGUAAACAAUAGAUCAACAACAAUGCCCUACUCCCCCCGCCCUGUCGUUUAAAUGUUUUCCGCACACAGCAUCAGUCUGUCCACCUGAACCUAAUGUUGCAGUAUAGUAGAACUCUUACGUGCCUAUAGUCUGUUAAACUCGAACCAAACUGCAGCGAAAACAGAAAGAGAAAAUAAGAAGAAACAAGCACAGACACAUACACAAUCACACAUACAGUUUCUGAGAGACAAUUACCAAACGCGAUACCAAAAUAUAAAGACUUUGAGACUCGAACAACGGCAUACGGCCCCGGGCGCGUACGGGAAAUGCAAAUGAAAGCUAACGCGUAGUACGAGGCCUCGCAACGUCUCACAAACCAGUCCUAUCAGCAACUUUCUGGGUGGAUCUGUAUAUUUUGGUUUAGUUUUAUGUUGUUAAGUCUUUUGUUAUUAAAAUUAAGCAGUAUUUGCAGUACUGCUUUAUUUUGUUUCAUCGGAGAUGUGUUAUAUAGAUAGAUCGCAACAGUGAUGCUGACUGAUGUGAUGUACCGACUAAGGAGCUUAUUCUUUAUCUUUUAUUUUUAUGUGAUGUUUUGUUGGAAAGAAAGUGUCUAUCUAACCUUUUUUACUGUCACAAACUGUUCUUGCUGGGUGAGUAUUUUUUUAUUUAUUAUUAUUUUCUCGUUUUAUUUGUGUACCUUUGUUUGCUUCUUGACGCAGAUUUACUGUUGUUAGUGGGGUGACUAGUUCAAUAACUACAAACGGAUAUAAUCGGUGAGUGAAUAAUACAAAAUUCCUCGGCCUACCAACAAACGCAAAACCCACGUGCAAACGAACAAAUUCUACAUCUUCUCACGGACACACGCGCACCCUCAUGGACAAAAAACACGUUGAAAUGCAAUCUCUACAGUAGAAGUAUUAGAACUUUGAUAACUAAUGUAAUGCAACACCGCAAAUAUUACUUACAAAGGAGGAUAUUUAAAAAAUGAAGUCAGCAAAACAUGCAAACCAGAAUAAAAAAAGAAAAAUCGCAGAUAUGCGGGUCGAGAGCGUAACAGUAUCAUUGCGCCAACGACAUUCGACGAGGACAUUUACAAACAAAACAAAACAAAAGAAAUGAUAUUAACAUAUUUAAGACUGUGUUUUUAAGUUCAAUUUUCUUGUCACCAUUUGUUGGUAUACCAAUAUGGAAGCGUGUGUGCGAAAACGAAUCGAAAGAAGCGAGAACAAAACAGCCAAAUUCCCCACCACCCAAAUGUGCCGUGCGGUGGGUUAUUAGCGGCGGCAGCAAAACAAAAAAGCAUUGCAAUUUAACAUUUACCAACUUUAUGAAAUACGUUAUUAUUACAAAAAAAAACAGCAACAACAACAAAUUAUUAUAACGAUUAAACUAUAAAAGCUAGUCAUAAGUAAGUCGCGCACAGAUCGACGAAUUUUCGUCGUUACGGCGUAAUGCAUCUUUGAAGCAAAGAACAAACAAACAGACCGACAGCAGAGCAGACAAGGAAACUAAUGGUUAAAGAAGAGAACAGAGAACAAAACAACAAUAAUAUACAAGAAUCAAGUCAAAACUUCUUAAUCUUUCAUAUAUAUACAUAUACAGAAAUCGUACAUCUAGGAUUAAUUGUGGUGAAGCGAAAUGGCAAAACGUACAGUAAAUAAGAUAAAACAAACAAUUAGAGGUGAUUAAUGAAUAAUCGUAGCAACAAUUGAAGCAAAGGGCACAUGUGGCUGAAUAUUUUGAGGUUGCGUUGUUGUAUGACAUCGAUUUUCUUUUGUCUCUUUCAUUAGCUCUUGGUUAUUGUACUCCUUUCUUGUAUGUCUUGUUUUUAGGUUUACCAUGUUUCUUCAAUACUAACUGUUAUUUAUGUUAUUCAAAGUUUCUUGUUGUUUUGAUAAGGUUUUGAGUAGCUUGUAAAUUUAAUGUUCAUUAUGGUAAUUUGCAUUAUCGUUGUUCGUAUCAGGUUAAGUUAGCUCGAUUUAAAAACAAGGACUAGGCGUACGCGACAUUAGUCCUAUACCUGUACCGUAGUAGAAUAUAACCUAUGAAAUUGAUUACUUCUAAAACUAAAUAUAAACAAACAAAAAAAAACUCUUUCCGACCUGUUGUGCGAUUGCAUCGAUCGUACAACAGUGAUAGGAAAAGCAAGGACACACUCAUGAAAUUAACAUAAUUUUAUUGCAUAGGUUCAUUUUCGGAGCGAGAGAACGGUGGCAAGUGUUGGUGAGAGUUUGAUGGGCUUUGAAAAGGGUUUUUUUAUGGAAUCGGAGAUAUCCUUGUGUUAAACAAAGAGGGUGGAAAGAUAAUGAAAACGGCCAGGUGGGAAAACAACGUAAAGUGAAAGCGACGAAAAUAACCUUUUAUCUAAUACGUAGGAAGUAAGGAAAUCCUAGUAACGGAAGUAAUAAAGUUGUGCGUUAGAAAGUAAAACCAAUAACAAACACAAGAACACACAAGAGAAAUGAAAAAUCUACAACAAGGUUAGAACACAUGCACACACACAUUUUUAGGUAAUUGUAACUGUUUACAUCAAUACUAGCCAAGUAGUAGUAAAUUUUACCCACUCUCACUUCUCUGUUCGCUUCUCGACAGAUGUAGCAAACAAAAAAGGGCAAAUAAUAAAGCGGUCAGGUAAUAUAGCUAAUAAAGCGAUAAAUUGAAAGAAACGUGUAUAGUUAAUGAUAAGAAAGGCUUAAAAUAAAACAGAAAAGAAAGGAAAUAGAAAAGCGAAGAGGGACAAAAAUUAACCAAACUAUUCUACCACAAACAUCGUGUAAGCUAAAGGUGUUCGCUAAAACAGGGGUCAAGAUAGGCGGAUAAAAUACAACUGAAAAAAUAUACACAAAGUAAGGAAAUAUUAGGAAAGUGUUUAAAAACAAAUGAUGAAACAAAACAAGACGAAGGUUAACUUCUUACCCCCAAACGAACACCUUUGCCGAGCGCGUUUUUUGAUGGAUGGAAAAGUUAUAGCUCAUUUACUGUGAAACAAAAGAACAAACAUUUAAAUCAAAUUAUAAGCAAAGUGAAACGCAGAAAAUGCAAAUGAAGAUACUAAAAUGCACUGAAAGACAGAAAAGAACAGCAAAAAACCAAUCCGAUUCGGUUUGAUUGCGGCAAGGAAAAACUGAAAUGGAGUCAAAAUGGAAAAUAAAACAAACAUACAUAACUAAGAAAACUCGGUAGCUUAGAUUGUAACUGAUUAAACAAACAGCAAAAAUAGUACAGAACGCUCUCGUCUAGUCGGUUUAGUGCGGGCGAAGAAGUGCUAUUGAAUAUUAUAGGUUAAUGUGUCUAGAGUCUAUCCAUCUCAGCAACAACCAAAAGCACUUACCCCUAUAUAUGCAAAACAAGGAAAAUAACGAGGAGAAGAAGAAGAAGAAAACACCGAAGAAGACAUAAAUUACAAAACAUAAACACUCAUUACAACUCACACAAACAACACAAACAAAAGGAAAGUGUGGGAAAAUAAAAAGUCAGUAAAGGGAGUAGAUUUCUCCUGCAUAUAUAGACCCCCUGCUCCUGCUCCCACACUUGUCACAAUCUCGAGAGUAUAUUACACUCGAAUUUGCGAAUUGUAUUAUUGUUUAUUGUUUUUAUUUUUAUGUUUACCCAAAACUACUUGUAACGAAACUACGCACGUGUGAACGACUGCUGUUGUUGUUGGUCGUUCAAAAUUUCGACAACGGGCAUAAAAGUCAAUGGCUACUAUUUAUCCUUCAUCCUUACUAAUCCUCUUAGCACUUAAUCAAUGCAAACUGCUCUCUCUUUCUCUCUUUUUAUAAACACAUCCCUAACCAAACUUAUGCAAACGGGAAAUGAAAGAGGAUGGAAUUAUAAAAUAUAAAAGAAACUACUUAUCACCUUCACUAUCACCCGAAUAAGGCAUGUCCCUAUUUUUAACAACCGAUAAAUAAUACAACCAUUGUCAUCUUUCACACAAUUGCGAAAAAUCCAUUUCCAUUGCCAUUUGUAAAAGAAGAGAAAACCGAUCGAAACUUCCCACACAUCCAUACACAAACACGAAACAACGCGAGAAACAUACUCAAAAGAAACUGUAUGAAAUCUCUUAAAAAGCAAUAAAUCAUAGAUAAAAAGUUGAUCGAUGGAAUGCAAAAGAAGAUACGCCAAAAAAGGGAAAAAAAUGAUCUAAUGAAAUGGAAUGUUAAUCAAAAUCGAGCGGAUAACAAGACAAGAAAAGCAAAAGAAGAAAAUAUUUUACCCCGAACAAAGACAAACAAAACCGAGCAGAUGAACGGACAUACAACAUGUAGGAAGCUAAACAACAUGAAAGAACACAAUAGCAGAAACAAUGUAAAACAAAGCACAUCGUUAAACCCUAACGAAGUAACUAAUUGUCUUGCAAAAACAGUGAAUAAUACAGCAUACAACAAACAAACAAAAAAAGUAAGAAAAUGGUGAAAAUGAUAAAGUCAAAUUAUAGUAGUAGGUUUUAGAACGCGACGACAAACGCAUGGGCAUAUAGUAGCGGUAGAAAAGAAAUGAGUACGUAAAUGUGAAGCACGAAGAACAUCAGGAAAAGAAACCAAAAAGAAAAAGGACAUUCAAUAUGCCCAUACGCGCGUACGCGCUCCUGAAACACAGUUAGUAGCAAAUGGUAGAUAAUAUGGGUGAUCGGGACGCUAUAACGACCCGGCAUUACGGGGAGCUUUCAAUUUGUUUUGUUUAACUUUUACGCUUUGGUUUUAUGCAACCCUUUUUUUAUAUCAUCACUCACUGUGGUGUGUUAGAACAAUCUUCAUAUUUUUCAUAUGUUGCACCUAAUUUUCAUUUUUUCAACGCACACUUCCUUAUUCACGCAUCACCUAGUUUUAUCGCACCUAGUAACUUGGUUUAUCAGCGCACGUCUAGUUAAAUGUUGUGGCCAAAUCACUGCCGAUUUUGUAACUCGGUUUCUCUGUGACUCAUUUACAACAACAAAAACCCCAUAUAAUUGCUGGCAAACGAUUUUCGAAUAGAUACGUACUUUGCCACACACCAAUGGAAAACCAUUUCGCUAUUGAACACACAAGGAGGUGGAGAAAACACGACGAGCUACAAAUAAAUCAAAGCAUUUGGCUAUACACAAUCACAUUGCCUAUCGGGAUAGGGUGGUAAAAUGCAUUCUAAUGAGUGUGUGUGUGUGUGUGUGUGUGUUGUUACUAGCAGCUACCAAGUUUAGAUGCACCAGACAUUUUUGCAUUACGUAGUGUAGCGAGCGCCGUUUAAUAGAAAAAUGUGCGACCCCCAUAUUGCCAAAAGACAGAUCUGCAACAAAAAACCGUCAUCGAAAAAGGAUAUAAUUAGAACGGAUGUUGUAUUAUAAUUUUCCCUUUAUCUGCACGCAAUUGGAUUAUAGAGUGUUCUUUAAAGUGUCUCUUUGUUUUGCUCCCUGGAGGGUUUCAUGUUGUGUUUUCCUCCCAUUUUUAACUUCAUCCGAGCGAGACGUAAAAAACCAGUAAUCAAACUUGAAAUAAAAACCUGAGCUAAAAUGCAAAGCGAAGACCUUCACUAAAGAAUCACAUACACAAAACCAACAAAUAUGAGAGUAGUUGUACAAUUGUUGUCAUUAUCGAGUCUAACUUGAGAAAAAUUUAUAGUAAAUUCUAUAUUUAAAGCAAACACACACACGUGGUAGCGUGAAACACUGGGCCACGUGCUUCUUGCUUACUCCAAGGAACAGGCUUCGGCAAAAGUUAGGCUAAACCAAAUGCUCCUCACAACUCAUUAGAUGAGUUUGCAAAUUAGUAAACAAUUGCUGUGAGGAACUGGGGCACGCCAGUAACACAAAAACCAUACAAAAGCACAAAGCAUAGAAUCAGAUAUAUUUAUUUUAAAAGAGGAGAUAGGAAAAAACGAAUGCCAGCCUAGCACGCACUUUGUUGUUGUUGAUAUAAUAAUAUUGGAUUGAUAUACUAUUAUUUCUAUAUUUAGUAAUGAAAUGCUAAGCAAACUUUAUUUUUUCUACUACAAACUAUUAAGGUGAACAGACGAACAACGUCUCGAUAGGAGAGUACUCUGUGAAUUAGUGAACUAAUUCAGUUUCCGGUUCUUAGUGCGAGCAAACCACAACGCGAAAGUUAAACACAAACAAACACAAAACCUCUAACAUGAAAGAGCGUCGAUUCAGUUAGGAAUGUAUUACAUCUCUGUAAAAGAAGGCAUCAGAUAGAUCUUUUCGAUUGAAACCUAUCCUUUUGCCCUCCGGACAUGCAAAACAAUAGUACUUUCUCACGCCAACAUUCAUACGCAAUCGUGCAACUGAAAUAGAAAAAAACGUGUGCAACUAAAUUGAACAAACAACAAUACGAAACAAAUUGUAAUAAUCUGAUAAUGAAAAACGAUUCCGAUAGAGUAGAAAACAUCAACAACCUAUUGUGCAUUUGGUCCGUGAAACAAUUCAAACAAAGCGACAAAGAAUCGAAUACAAACCUAAUAAUAAAACACACAAAAAAUAGCGAAAAUUACUUGAAUACAAAAUCGGAUAAUACCAGUAAACAAAAAAAAAGAUCCCCCAUUUGUAGAACUGUGUAUUAAGAAAAUAACACUGUAGAACAAGAUUGAAUAACAAAUGUGCAACUGCAACUGUGCAACAAAAAGAAGCAAAGUAAGUAAGUACAUGACAAAACUCAAUAUAACACCAUAUACAUACAUUUCUCGAGAAUGCAAAAAAAAACAAAUAACAGUUUACUAGAUUCGGUGUUGCUAAAAGCAAAUCAUUUAAAGAAUAAAGAGAACAAACAAACAGAAAAAAACAUAUAGCUAAACACGUAUCGUACCAACCUUUAAUCAAAAGGAACGCGGGGAUAGGCAGAAUAGCCGAAUCUUCGGAUGUUCCUCAAAUCGGAAAGUAAAGUGAACAGUGUGGCAAGCAAAACAUCUUGCAAAGGCUUGAAAAUACCACUCAAACAUAACCACCAAGGCCGGGAUAAGAAAGAAGUAAAGAAAAGAACGAAAGAAAUAGAUCAAUCGAGCUCAACUUAUCAGGACUAUCGAUGUUAGAAUGGAAUGAAACGAAGAUGCACGGAGGGUGAUGGAAACAGAGAUCAACAACAUCUACCAACAAAACGAAUGAAGAUUAAUAAAAUUUGGAAUUUAA